AUGUCCUUAGCCAUGCUGUGGGUCAUGGCGAGCGACGGGGCCAUCAAGGGCACGAUUCUGCGAAUUAUCGGCUUCGGAGUGGCGCUGAUAGCUCUACUGAUGGUCCUGCUCAUCGAUUUUAAGUCGAGCUGGGCUGUCAUGGCAGUCCUAAGCAUCACUGUCGUGAUACUGGCAUUUCUUGGCUACGUCUUCAGGCGAAGCCAGGGCAUCAUUGAGGUAGAGCCCGGACCUAGGGAGCCGCCAAAGAAAGAAUGCCGCCGAACAUGGGCCUCGUACAAGUUCGAGGACUUGGAGGUGUCAUCGGUCCCAGAGUUUCGCCGUGUGUCGAUCUCAGGACCGGAUGCCGAGCUGUCUUGGUCGGCGUGUGCUUCAAUGAUACCCACACCGAGCAUCAAGAAAGACAAGAGUUGCCUUUGUUGCCUCGAGGACUUCCAGGGCACGAGCAGCAUCGCCGUGCUCCCCUGCGGUCACAUCUUCCACGAGGAGUGUAUCACCUCCUGGGCACUGGCGACUUCAAAAGCCGGGAAUUCGUGCCCCCAAUGCCGAUCGAGCUACGCUGCCGGUCCAUGA